AUGAGUGGUCAAGGAUUAAGCCUUCCUCCUUCUAAUGCCUCAUUAAGAGAAGAAGAGGCAGCAGAAUUACAAGGAGGAGAUAUGGCAUUAAAGAUACAACUUGCUAAUGAUACAAAACAACUCAGUGUGAAGUGCAGCAGCGAGGUUGGCUACGUAAAGUUAUUAUUAGCCCAACAAUUAGGAUUGGAGCCCCGUCGUCUUCGGCUGUACGCGAAGGGGCCAACAGGAGAAAAGUUGCUGCUUAUAGAUCCUAUGUCUUUAUGUGAUUAUAAGGAACUUGCUGCUCCUGCUGCUACUGUAUAUGCAGAGAUUGAUGAAUAA